GCAUAAACCAAGACUCAUCAUAACUAUUGGGAUAUAUUGACCAAAAUAGGAAAUAGAAGUUAUGAUGUUUCUGACUUUGGAUGAACGGGGGUGGUCAUUCUAAACAUGGUACGUACAUAAGGAUUGGAGCAGUUCAAGAGUCAGGUGACUCGGUAACAGCGCUGGUGUAGCUGCUUCACGUAGCUUAGGUACCAGUGCUAUUGCAACACCAAUUGAGUGAUGGGGAAGUAUAUGCAAAAAGUAUCUCCUUUCCAUUAUCAUUUAAAUUAUCAAAGAAAAUCAUAUUCGUUUCAUGCCGCAUUGCGUUCUCACAGUCAAGCAUACAGCAUUAAAGCCGCUUCAAGCUUGGUAUGACGGAAGUAUUCGCCAUACGAUGUAGUUCCAUAGCCCCUCAAUGGGAAUACUUAGAAGAGAUCAGAAUUCCUCUGAACUUCUCCAGUUACUUAAGCACUCCGUGGGAUUGCAGUUCAGAAACAACAAAACCGGAGACGGCCCGGGAGAGAGUCGCUGGUGCUUUGACAAGCGAUACAAUGUUAUCUAUCGGAGUGCUCUAUAUGAAUUCUUUAGGAUACCAUUUAACAUGCCAUUGUGAUAAUGAUGCCGGUUUUUGGAUGAUUGCAACCGAUAGUGAUUAACAGGGGUUUUGUCAUUUACCAACGUGAAUAUGAAUUGGUGUACCAAAAUCCUGAACGGGUUUUUCGAGCAUUGAGUAAAAUGUAA